AUGGCCGCAAUGCCUGAAGUCGGCCACACCUUGCCCCUGCUCCAAAUCGCCUCACACCUCGUCUCGCGCUCUUUGCAAGUCUUCUUCGUCGGCGGGCCUCAAUUCGAGGCGCAGAUCCGCGCAACUGGCGCGACUUACUACGAGUGUCCAAACUUCGUGACACGCGAGCUGGGGCUGAAGCUGCGCGCCGUCGGGGAUCCCAAGGCGCGGCACACCUUUGCGGUGAAGCACGUCUUUGUCGACUCGAUGCCCGUGCGCAUGGCUGCGCUGACGCGCUGUCUUGAGAACGUGCGGGCACGGUAUCCUAAUCGCAGCGUGGUGAUUUUCAAUGAGAUCAUGUUCCUUGGGACGUUGCCGUAUCAGCUCGGCGCGCCACCGCCGAGAGGAUAUGAUCGGUUUCCGAGGGUGAUUAACUUCCAUACGUCAAUCAUUGUCACGGGCAGCUUGGAGGUCCCGCCAUUUUUGUCAAAUCUGGAAUAUGACCCCAGCCCUGAGGGGCACGAGCGGAAUCGACUGAUAUACGAGGAGCAAGAGCCGGGCCAUCGGGAGAUCGAGGCGCACGCGAACAAGGUCGUCAAGUCUCUUGGAGCCACGAGAGAUAUAGGCGGUGAAUUCUUCAUGGUCUGUAUCACGACCGGCGAAGUCACGCUUCUGCCGUACAGCCCGAGUCUGGAGUAUCCGCGCACGAACAUGUCCGAAAAGUUUGAAUUCAGCGGCGGCAUGCCUCUCAAGGCAAUCGAUCCGACUUUCAAAUAUCCAGCCUGGUGGAGCGAGAUUUUGGCGAACGCCGAGCUACCUCGUGAAUCAAGUGAAAGAAAGCGAAUUAUCUUCGUAACGCAGGGAACGGUUAACAACAAGCCAGACCAACUCAUCCAGCCGGCUAUUCGCGGUCUAGCGGACAAUCAGGAAGCCAUCAUCGUGGCUACACUCGGGAAGCGAGACGCAUCUCUUCCAGAAGACUUUGACGUACCUUCAAAUGCUCGGGUGAUAGACUACCUGCCAUAUGAUGCGAUCCUACCGCACACGGACGUCUUCGUAUUCAACGGAGGGUUUGGUGGAUAUAUGCACGGCAUCAUGAACGGCAUACCGAUGGUCAUGGCUGGGAUCUCGGAGGACAAGGCAGAAGUGGCGAUGAGAGCGGAGUGGGCAGGCGUGGCAGUCAAUUUGAGAACGGCCACACCGACAGAAAAUGCUGUGCGAGAAGGCGUUGAGAAACUGCUAACUGACCAUAAAUACAAGGCGCGGGUCGCAGAGAUAAGAAGGGAGAACAUAACUCUGGAUUUCAUGAAGCAUAUAGAUGCCUGGAUUAAGAAAUUGGCGUAA